CUCUCCCAACCCACCCUCUUAAAAAAAAAUAGAAAAGGUACAAGCAAUACACAGCUUCAAAACCCCCUUAUACCCAAUCCAUUCAUAUAUUUCUUCUUACUAGCUAGUCUCUCGUUUUUCACUUCUUGCGUUUCUAAUUCUCUCUCGAACCCUUAACCGAAACCCAAUCUUAUUAAGCUUCCUCAUCCUUUAUAGUUGGUCAGAAAAAGAGAGAGAGAGAGAGAGAGAGAGAGAAAACCCUGGAAAUAAAGAAAUCUCUCUCUGCAGAAAGAUUAAAAAAAACUCACAUGAGCUUUGUUUGGAUGCUGCUUCCUAAGGGAUCAAAAAGAUGAGGAUUUACCAGCUCUUUCAGUUGAAAAUUUGGUGGGUUUGCUGAAGAAGAAGAAAAAAAAACAGCUUUAGCCAUUUUAUCCCCUCUUUUCGAUUUCCCCUUUUCUUGGUGAAGUUAUCUACUUGACCAAGUGAGUAUAUAGUAUCAGAAAUUGAAAAAACCGAUUAAAAGAAUGGAUCCAAUUGCUGCUGCUCACGGCCGUCCUCUACCACCUCCUUUCCUAGCGAGAGAUCUUCAUCUCCAUCACCCUCACCACCAAUUUCAACAACACCACCAACACCAGCAACAAAAUUCUGAAGACGAACAAAACAGCAGCGGCGGAGGUGGUGGUGGUGGUUUAAGUCACCGCGGAGGCAUGAAACGCGACCGAGACGAAAACAACGCCAUUGAUGGGAAGGACUUAUUAGUCUCACCAGGAAGCGGCGGUGGAGGAUCAGGAGGAGAUUCCGAGAUCACAAGAAGACCACGGGGACGUCCCGCGGGAUCGAAGAACAAGCCGAAGCCCCCCAUCAUCAUCACUCGGGACAGCGCCAACGCCCUCCGCUCCCACGUUAUGGAAAUCGCCAACAGCUGCGACAUCAUGGACAGCAUGUCCGCCUUCGCUCGCCGCCGCCAGCGAGGAAUUUGCAUCCUCAGCGGCAGCGGAACUGUCACUAAUGUCACCUUAAGGCAACCGGCUUCCCCCGGCGCCGUCGUCACCUUACAUGGCAGGUUCGAGAUUCUCUCCCUAUCAGGAUCCUUUCUCCCCCCGCCUGCGCCUCCAGCGGCUUCUGGAUUGACCAUAUAUUUGGCUGGGGGACAAGGCCAGGUGGUGGGUGGAAGCGUUGUGGGGCCACUCAUGGCUUCGGGUCCGGUUGUUAUCAUGGCAGCUUCCUUUGGUAAUGCGGCGUAUGAGAGGCUUCCGCUUGAGGAGGAUGAAGGACAGGUUUCGAUUCCUGGUGGGAGCGGAGGCUUGGAAUCGCCUGGAAUCGGGGGAGGAGGAUCAGGAGGACAACAGCAGCCACCACAGUCUCAGCAACUAUUGCAAGAUCCAAACUCAUCGCUAUUCCAUAAUAACGUGCCUCAGAAUUUGUUGAAUUCAUGCCAAUUGACUUCGGAUCAGGGCUACUGGGGAACACCUAGACCACCGUAUUAACUUUUUUUUCUUUCUUUCUUUUCUUUUCUUUUCAAAAGAAGACUUUCUCUCAUGAUCGAUCAAUAUCAUGUUAUUCCAUCAUCAGUUAAUUUGGUCUCUCUCUUUCUCUCUCUUUCACUAUAUGCAUCCCUAUAUCGAUCUUCUCUUUGUUUCAACUUUUUUCUCUUCUUAAUUGUCAGGUUUUUUCAUUAUUCUUCUUUACAAGUUUCGAUUUUUUUUCUCUUUUCAAUGUUUAAUUUAUUGGAGAUGUUAAGAAUUCAUCGUCGGUCUUUUGAUUGAAGAAGAAUGUACAAAUUUUCUUAAUUUUAUGAUUUUAUGCUUCUUUUUAUUUAUUUAUUUACUUAUCUUUGUGGAUAUGAUGAUCAUAUAUAUUUGAUAUUUGCCGGAAUAGUUACUCAAUUUCGGGCGGUCCCAACUGAGUCAUUGACGGUAGCUUAAAGCUUAAGUAGCUAGCUAUAUAUAUAAGCUAAGCUAAGUUGGCCAGCAAAAGAUGGAUCCUCC